AUGCAACCGCCGCUGCCGCCGCUGCCUACCUUGCCGCAAGUGACGCCGCUGCCUGCUGCAGGAGCCAUGGUUCUGGGGGAGGAGGAGUGGCGCUGCCCCACUUGCCUGGAUCUUCUCUACAAGCCGGCAGUGAACACGACCUGCGGGCACAUCUACUGCUUCUGGUGCCUGCACAAGGCCAUGUCGCCGUACACGCCGUCCUCCUGCCCGGUCUGCCGAGCCAAGUACACGCACCUGCCGGCCAUCUGCCCCAAGCUGCACCGCUUCCUUUCGUGCCAGUUGCCCGAGCGGUAUGCAGCGCGCAGGCAGGAGACUGAAGCCGAGGAGCGGCAGUCUGGGGGUGCCUCGCCCGACCCAGAAGAGGCGGGCCCGCUGCCGCCGCCCGCCAGCCCCGGCGCCUGGCGGCCCCUGCACUUUGCCUGCGACAGCCCCGCCUGCCGCAAGCUGCUGUGCCGCCCCGUGGUGCUGACCUGCGGCCACUCGGUCUGCCAGCUCACCUGCCUGCCGAGCUGCUGCUGCUGCGGCGGCGGCGAGGGCGCCACCGCCUGGGAGUGCCCCGCCUGCGGCAUGGCCACCCGCCAGCCCCCUGCCGUGUGCAAGCAGCUGGGCGACCUGCUCGUUCAGCUCUUCCCAGAAGAGUCUGCGCGGAGGGAGGCAGAGUGCCAGCAGGCGGCGCAGGAGCGGGUUGCAGCGGAAGGAGGCGGCGGUGGCAGCGGCAGCGUGCAGCCCCCGAGCCAAUCACAGCAGGCAGCGCAGCAGGCAGCCACGCGGCGGCGGGCGCUGGCGAGGAGGGUGGCGCAGGCGGCGGCGGCGGAGACACUGGCCCCUGGGGGCCAGCCGCAGCAGCAGGCGCUGAGCCCGGCGCUGGCCACCGCGCUGCGGCGGCGCCAGGCUGCGGGCGGGCGCAGUCAGGAGCUGGCUGAGCGGCUGGAAGCCAACCUGCAGCAGCUGACGGGCGACGCCUACACACACCACGGGGUCGGCUGCGACGGAUGUGGUGCGGGGCGGGGCGGUCUGUACCCCAUCCAGGGGCGGCGGUACCAGUGCCGGGACUGCCCCGAUGCCAUGGGCUUCGACCUGUGUGGCGCAUGCAUGGACCGCGGGCUGUCCGACAUUGUGGGCAGGUUCAACCAGAAGCACACGCCGGAGCACCGCAUGCGCCUUGCUGCCAACCCGGAGCUUCCCAUGGACCAGCUGAUGUGGCUGCUGGAGCUGACGCUGACGGGAGGGGAUGAGGAGGAGCAGCGGGCGCCGCCGCCGCCGCAGCAGCAGCAAGGGGACCGGCACGCGCCACCACAGCAGCAGCAGCAGGGCCCGCCGGCGCCUGCAGGUGGCGGCGGCAGCAGCGGUAGCGGCGGCAGUGGUGCAGCGGUGGAUGGGGCCGCUGAGGAGCUCGAGUUCCCGGCACUCCGGCGGGGCCCACGGCCGGCAUACGACGCCGCGGCGCAGGAGCCCUCCCCCUCUGCCCAUGCCCGCCCGCAGCCGGCGCCGGGGCAGGGGGCGGCAGCGGCAGCCAGCCAGGGGCCGGGAGAACGAGGGCUGAUUGGCGGCUCUGACAGCGGCGAGGAGCAGGAGGUGCACACUGUGGCGGCGGCGGCAUGCUUUGCAUGCUGGCCUAAUUCCGAGCACCAAACCCGGAACAUACCCUUGUCUUUGGACUCGAAUCGAAAGAUGUCUUCCUUCUUCGCACCAGGAUGGUGCCGGCAGCACGCACAGCUAAUCGGCUACCUGCAGCGCCUGAAGGCCGCCGAGGAGCAAUGCCGAACCUGUAGCGGCGGCGGCGCCCUCACCGAGGCGCUAGCCGACACGAUUGGCUUCGAGCUGCAGCGGCGGCCAUCGGGCAUCCAGCACCCCGACGCCGGCGAUGGGGUGUUCCUGACGGCAGGCGGCUGCCCCGCCGGCGGCAUCCUGACGCUGUAUCCGGGGCUGGUGCACGACAUGGGCGACUUUGUGCUGCUGCUGGGGGUGUCGGCUCCAGACGAUGCCUGCGCCCCUGCCCCGCCCGCAUGGACCCUGGACAACCACUACCUGCUGCAGCUGCGCUGCCUCAACGCCGCAUGCCUGGUGGACGGCCAGCCUGGCGGCCUGUCCGCCCAGCGGUUCCAGGCAGCGGCCGCCUCCUGGGCGGCUGGGCAGCCAGAGGCCGCCCUCGUCAAUGCCAGCUGGCUGGCGCUGGGCGGGCAGCAGCGUGCGGAGCUCGAUGGGCGGCUUGGAUGCGAGGCCCUGCUGCGGCAGGCAGCCCUGGGACACAUGCUGAACCACGGCCCGGCAGCUGCCGCCAAUGCGGCCUUUGACAUGUGCCCCUUGCCGGCCGCCCUGCCCCCCUCGCUGCAGCGCUACGUGCCCUCGCUGAGCGUCGGCGGGCGCGGGGAGGAGGAGGUGCGAUGGGUGCCGCUGGUCACCGCCCGCACCGCCCUGGGCGCCACCGCGGGCAGCCCAGUGGAGCUGCUGGUGGACUACGGCAUUAACCCGCUGAGCCUGGGCUUCAGGCCCUGGAUACCAUUGCGGGCUACCGCAUGCAAUGCAAACGGCAACCAUUUCAGGGUCUCGUUAACAAUUGCAAUCAGAAGGAGAUGCAAGACAUGUUUGAAAGGAUAUACGGGGUUCCCACGGCCAGCUGCAACAACGCGGUGGGACUGGAGCCUGGCUGGCGGCCCCAAAGCACGGCCUCAGUGUCUGCCGCACCGGCCGACCCCGGAGACUGCAGCCGCUACGGGCGGCGGCGGCGUGUGGUGGUGCGGCCUGGCACAUCACAAGGCGGAAGCCAGGAAGAUGGGGACGCGAGCAGCGAAGGUCUCCUCGCUGGCGGCGCUGCUGGCCGCUUCAGCUGAGCAGCCGCCGCCUGCCGCUGUUGAGGAAGUAAAUGGCGGCGCUGCCACUGCACCUCUGGAGCGGUCCCUCAGCGCCCAGCUUCAGAGACUGUACACUGCCUGGGAGCAGGGCCAAGUGAUUUUUGACAACCUGUAG